AUGAAGAGGGUAACAUCUUACAGUUACAACAUCGUUUGUAUGGUCGUGACGCUCUUGGUGUACGGAUCAGCUGCAGUCGACCAAUUAGCUUACACCGUAACUGUUGAUACCAACGGUGGCGGAAAUUACACCACGGUCCAAAGUGCAAUCGAUUCAAUCCCCAAUCUUAAUCAGAAUUGGAUCCGUAUCUUCAUAAAAACUGGAAUUUACCGGGAAAAGCUAACAAUACCGAAAGAAAAAGGAUUCAUAUAUUUGCAAGGUGAAGGAAUCGAACAUACGGUAGUAGAGUACGAUGAUCAUCAAGCGACUGAUACCAGCGCAACGUUCUCUGCUUUUGCUGACGAUAUCGUCAUUUCCGGUAUAACUUUCAAGAACACGUACAAUAUUCAAAAUAACGAAAUGGAAAUGGUACCGGCGGUGGCGGCGAGGAUGCUUGGAGAUAGAUAUUUAGUGACCGAUUCUGGUUUCGACGGGCUUCAAGAUACUCUAUUCGACGCAAAAGGCAGACAUUAUUACAAGCGGUGUGUAAUUUCUGGUGGUAUCGAUUUCAUAUUUGGUUAUGGUCAAUCCUUCUUCGAGGGGUGCACUUUGAAUUUGACGUUGGGGAUAUAUGCACCGGGGAGACUUUACGGAACGAUAACAGCGCAUCAACGGCCAUCGCCGUCUGAUAACGGAGGGUUUGUGUUCAGUGACUGCACCAUAACGGGAACUGGCAAAACGCUGUUGGGGCGAGCGUGGGGACCAAACGCACGUGUCAUCUUCUACGGCUCGACGUUAUCCGACGUCGUUCUUCCGAUUGGUUGGGAUGCUUGGCAUGUCACAGGCCAAGAGGGAGGCUUGACGUUUGUGGAGUCUGGUUGCACCGGAGAUGGAGCGGACACAUCAGCUAGAGUGCCGUGGCUAAAGCAGCUGAGUGUAAACGUCGUCGUUGGAUUGGCCAGCGUUUCCUUUAUCGACCAAGAUGGUUGGAUCUCUAGGUGUCCUAUCGAGCUUGGGCUUUAG